CGGGCUAGGGGUCCCUUUGCAGUCUAUGGGCUAGGCUCUCCUUUGCCCUUUCUUUGGAGAAAGGGGGCGUGUCGGCUUACUUAAGCGUUUGAGGAUCUUGGGCUCCUUCCUCCCGCUUCUCCUCCAGGGGCUGGUCUCAGCCUGAGACUGGGGGAUACACCUGAACAUGUGGAAUCCCAAUGCCGGGCAUCAAGGGCCAAGCCCAUAUCCACCCAAUCCUACCUGUCCACCGCAUCCACCACAUGUCAAUCCAGCCUUUCCUCCAGGCUCCUGUCCUCCUCCCCAAGGACCUCCUCUAGGCCCUCCCCCGGGGAAUCCGGCUUUCCCACCCUGUGGGCCUGGCUGUCCUGUGCCCCACCCACCACCACCGGGUCCAGGAUACCCACCUGCAGGUCCCUAUCCUCCAUGCCCCCCACCUGGCCCUGGCAUUCCUCCAUGCCCCCCACCGGGCCCUGCCUUUCCUCCAGGGCCUGUGGGCCUUGAUAAGGUGUUGGACAAGAAGCUACGGAAGAAAAUGAAGAAAGCUCAUAAAAAGGCCCACAAACACCACAAGCAUGGCAAGCAUUCCUCUUCCUCCUCUUCCAGCAGUGACUCUGACUGAAUACAGGGCCUGGACCCUCCCUCAAGUCUCACCAGCCCUGCUCUCCCAUCAAGCUUCAGCUGCCGUGCAUUGUGCUGGGGGGAAUUAGCUCUUGUCCCCUGCCUUCUCGAGCCUUACCCUGCUCUUCAGCCCUGUCCUCUAGGGACGUGGGAAGUGGAUCCCAUGGGAUAGCAAAGGCUCCUUGAUAGAUCCGUAGCUGAAGAGUAGCAGGGAGCAAUGUUUGAAGAUGGUGAGAUCUUUGAGCUGAAUGCUGAAGACAAGCUUAAAAUCUGUAAAAUGAGAUCUUUUUCACAUUUUCUUUUGUAACACAAUUGGGAAGUUUGGGGGAAAUUUCAUUAUAAUGGAAAACCUGUACCUUUGUUGUAAUGGUGGCACACUUAGGUGAUUUAGUGACAAAUAUGUUUCCCAGCAGGUCUUUUGUUGGCCUCAAACUCACAGCUGUCCUCCUGUCUCAGCCUCCUGAGUGUUGGAAUUGCAGGCUGUGCCACCACACCUGGCACCCUUUUUUGUACUAACCACAUGCCUGCUUGGAGAUUAAGCAGUCUACUUGAUGAGCUCCUGACUGCCCUUUUAGAAGCUGAUCUCUAUCCUUAGCUCAGUAUACUCUCUGAAGUCCUGCUCAUACUCCAGCUUUCAGUGCAAAUAAAGCUAUUUCUCCUGG